CGCGCGGGGGACGUGUGCGGGCGUCUCCGCCAUCUUGUGAGUCUAUAACUCGGAGCCGUUGGGUCGGUUCCUGCUAUUCCGGCGCCUCCACUCCGUCCCCUGCGGGUCUGCUCUGUGUGCCAUGGACGGCAUCGUCCCAGACAUAGCAGUUGGCACGAAGCGGGGAUCUGACGAGCUUUUCUCUGCGUGUGUCACUAACGGACCCUUUAUCAUGAGCAGCAACUCCGCCUCCGCAGCAAAUGGAAAUGACAGUAAGAAGUUCAAAGGUGACAGCAGGAGUGCGGGCGUCCCCUCCCGAGUGAUCCAUAUCCGCAAGCUGCCCAGCGAUGUCACAGAGGGCGAGGUCAUCUCCUUGGGGUUGCCCUUUGGGAAAGUCACCAACCUCCUGAUGCUGAAGGGCAAAAACCAGGCCUUCAUUGAGAUGAACACAGAGGAGGCGGCCAACACCAUGGUCAACUACUACACCUCGGUGACACCCGUGCUGCGUGGCCAGCCCAUCUACAUCCAGUUCUCCAACCACAAGGAGCUCAAGACUGACAGCUCCCCCAACCAAGCGCGGGCCCAGGCAGCCCUGCAGGCCGUGAACUCAGUCCAGUCGGGGAAUCUGGCCUUGGCCGCCUCGGCCGCUGCUGUGGAUGCUGGGAUGGCCAUGGCUGGGCAGAGCCCCGUGCUCAGGAUCAUCGUGGAGAACCUCUUCUACCCUGUGACCCUGGACGUGCUGCACCAGAUCUUCUCCAAGUUUGGCACAGUCCUGAAGAUCAUCACAUUCACCAAGAACAACCAGUUCCAGGCAUUGCUGCAGUACGCGGACCCUGUGAGCGCCCAGCACGCCAAGCUGUCACUGGACGGGCAGAACAUCUACAACGCCUGCUGCACGCUGCGCAUCGACUUCUCCAAGCUCACCAGCCUCAACGUCAAAUACAACAACGACAAGAGCCGCGACUACACGCGCCCAGACCUGCCCUCUGGGGAUAGCCAGCCCUCGCUGGACCAGACCAUGGCUGCGGCCUUCGGUGCACCUGGUAUAAUCUCAGCCUCUCCGUAUGCAGGAGCUGGGUUCCCUCCCACCUUUGCAAUUCCUCCAGCCACAGGUCUGUCUGUCCCUAACGUGCACGGAGCCCUGGCCCCAUUGGCCAUUCCAUCAGCAGCAGCUGCCGCGGCUGCUGCAGGCCGCAUCGCCAUCCCAGGCCUUGCCGGGGCUGGGAACUCCGUCCUGCUGGUCAGCAACCUCAACCCCGAGAGAGUCACACCCCAAAGCCUCUUUAUUCUUUUCGGCGUCUAUGGGGACGUGCAGCGGGUGAAGAUCUUGUUCAACAAGAAGGAGAAUGCGCUGGUGCAGAUGGCAGAUGGCAGCCAGGCCCAGCUGGCCAUGAGCCACCUGAACGGGCACAAGCUGCACGGGAAGCCCAUCCGCAUCACGCUGUCCAAGCACCAGAACGUGCAGCUGCCGCGGGAGGGCCAGGAGGACCAGGGCCUCACCAAGGACUACGGCAACUCCCCCCUGCACCGCUUCAAGAAGCCCGGCUCCAAGAACUUCCAGAACAUCUUCCCGCCCUCCGCCACCCUGCACCUCUCCAACAUCCCGCCUUCCAUCACGGAGGAAGACCUCAAGGUCCUGUUCUCCAGCAACGGGGGCGUGGUCAAGGGGUUCAAAUUCUUCCAGAAGGACCGCAAGAUGGCGCUGAUCCAGAUGGGCUCCGUGGAGGAGGCGGUGCAGGCGCUCAUUGACCUGCACAACCAUGACCUGGGCGAGAACCACCACCUGCGAGUCUCCUUCUCCAAGUCCACCAUCUAGGGCCCAGCCCCUGGCCGGGCUCCGGAGCCGCUUCCGUCAUUCCAGAGAAAAGCCACUUUAAGAAGCAGCUGAAGUGACCUUAACAGACCAGAGAUUUUAUUUUUUUAAAGAGAAAUCAGUUUACCUGUUUUUAAAAAAAUUAAAUCUAGCUCACCUUGCUGACCUUGCGGUGACUGACGGCUCGGGCGCUCGGGGACUGCGGCAGGGGUCCCCCACCCGCCCGGGGCCAGGCCAGGCCAGGCCAGACCCUGCGCCCUGCCUUGCAGGGCGUGCUGGGCGUGCGGCCCACGGGGGGCGCCCCCACCACGACGUGGCUUCCUCGUGCCUUAAACCUGCCUGCCUUGCAGCCGCACGCCCACCCAAGGGGACCCAGGGACCCGGGGCGGGGAUCUGCUCCAGGCAAACGCAAAGCGGCCUCCUGCUCCCACGGAUCAUGUGCCCAGUGCUGGGAGGGAGUGGAGACCCAAGGUGCCAGCAGGGCUGGCUGGCACCCCCCCCCCCCAUGUAAUCAAGUGACAUGAUUCUCCCCAUGUCCUCCAGCCACCCAGGUCCCCCUCGCCCGGCCAGGCCCAGAGGGCACCAACCCAGCCUCCUUGAGCUUUUAGCCUUUUGUUAUAAUCUUUGUAUCAUAUUCUGAUGUGGUUGCAGACAUCUGUGCCUAGCAAUAUUUCCAGUUGACCAAAUAUCCUAAUCUUUUUUCAUUUAUAUGCAAAAGAAAUAGUUUUAAGUACCUUUUUAUAGCAAGAGGAUCCAGUGGUAUGAGUGUGAGCUUUCUCUUUGGUAUUACUUUGUAUGCUGUACUUUCUAUUUUAUUCUUUGUAAUCAAUUCAGUCACAGGCAGGACCCAGCCUCCGGCAGGGCCCGGCCGUGCACCGCCCGCCUCAGUGGCCUUACUCAGCCCCCAGAUCUGCCUAGGAAGACCAGCUCUAGAACUUUCAGGGUUUGUUAUUUUUCCCCUUUUCCUUCAAAUUCUGGACCAAAGUCGUGUUUUUGUUCCUGUCUGCUCUGACGCUGGGACUCCAGGCGGUGGACCUCCAGGUCCUGACCACCCCCACCCUACCCUGGGGGACGCCUUGGUCCCACUGCGCCAGCAGCAGGGCCGGUCUCCUCGGACCCCCAGUUUCAUAGUGUGACAAGGGUGUAAAUAUUUAUGGUUUUUUAUACCUGUAGAGACAUGGAGGGCGCGUCGGGUUUUUACGGUGAUGUGUAUUUUGAUAACAGCGACCGCAGGCUCAGUAUUGUACGUGGAGCGCAGUGGCCACGAGCACAUUCCAUUGCCCGUCCCGGGCUUGUCAUGAGAGAACUCGAUUAAAGCCGUUUUAUAACACCUGCCUUCCUGUAGGCCUCUUCUUUGCUGUCAGGCUGUGGAAGGCAGCUGGCGGGUCUGUACUGGACGUGAAUAAAUCUCUUCUCUACCCUG